AUGGCGCGUGUUCCGCCGCCGAAACUUCCACCGACCCCGCUGUCGUUGAAACCUAUUUUACACUCACUGAAGGCAGCAACAGAAUACGAUGUUCGAGAUCCGGUCGUCAGUUACUGGUGUCGAUUUUAUUCGGCGCAAGCGGCGCUGAAACUGGACCGAACUUCCCCAGAGGCCCGCGCCAUUCUCCUGCCGCUCAUGGACUGGCUGGAAAUGGCAAAGAAGGUCAUGAAGGGAGACGAGGCCAUUUCGAACGAGGUCGUUGCCCAGGCGCACGUUGAAAACGCCGCCUGGACUCUCUUCUCGUCUGCCGACACACAAGACCGAGCCAGUGUCUUCAACAAGAACGUGGUCAAACAAUUCUACACGUCCGGAGUGUUGUACGACGUGCUCACCACGUUUGGGGAACUGACGGAGGAGAACUUCCAACAACGGAAAUACGCCAAAUGGAAAGCCGCUUACAUUCACAAUGCUCUGAAGAAUGGGGAGACGCCGAUUCCGGGACCCAUGGCUGACGAAGACGGGGAAUUUGCCGGGCUUAUGGAUCCGAGUGGUGCCACUGGUGGUGUCGGGCAUGAGUUUCCGCAGCAUCCGCCACCACCAUUACCAGCGUUUCAUGGUUCCAUGGAUGGUAGUGGAGGAGGAGGCGGCGGCUAUGAUUUGUUGACUGGGGACAGGUUACCAACACCUGCACAAGCGGCUCCUCCUCCUCAACCUGUGGUGCCUGCUCCAGUGGCGGAAGCGGGGACUACGAGAAAGAGGAGGAGAUUACUACAACGUCUACGUUUGCCAAUGAGCCUUGACGAUAUGACGAAAGCGCAGAAAUAUUGCAAAUACGCCGUGAGCGCCCUGAACUACGAAGAUGUGCCCACGGCUGUGAAGGAGUUGAGGAAAGCCUUGAGCUUGCUCGAGACCGGGCACGAUGGUUGA